CCCUACCCAAUUUCACGGUCUGAUUCCACUCUACCCAAUUUCUCAAAGAUCCAGGUUCGUCUCCCUCUCUCUUUCUAGUUCUACUGCUUUUCCAAAAAAAUUAACAAUCUUCACCUCUUUCUCCUCAUACACUACUUUUCAAUUUUCAGAUUCCGAUUAAUGUUUUGGUCCUUGUAUCACGUUUUUCUUAUUUCAAAAUCUAUUUUUAGAACAGAGUUAUCAAACAGAUUUUUUCAUCGUUUUUUUCUCAAAAGUAGUUUUUUAAAUUUGAUUUGUAAAACACUUUUCAAAAACAAAAAAAACAAAAACACAAUCAAACGGGCCCUUAGUCUUUUUUCCAACUAAACCCUAUAUUUGAUUAUAAAAAAAAAAACUAAACCCUAUUUUUUUUUGCCUAUAUACCUUCUUCUUCUUCAUACCUCAUCACUUGUUUGUUAAACCCUCACUGUCUCAUCGUUUCUUCUUCCCGCCGCCGCAGCAACAGCCCCCACCAACCGUUACUCCAUGGCUUCCGAAACCGUGAUAAGCCCUGAGACAGUAUCGAAAGCCGUCACCUCCCUCCUCAAAUGGCGAAAAUCCCAAUCGGAGACGCAAAAACCCAACCUCUUAGGCCCAGACGAGGAGUUCGUGUACCUCGUUCUCACCCUGAAGAAGGUCCCUCAAAAGGGUCGCGUGAACCCUCACAAGCUUCCCCUCCCUCACUCCCUCCACUCCGAUUUCUCCCAGCACUGCCUCAUCCUCGACGACCGCGCCAACAAGGGCCGUGUCACCAAGGCGGACGCGCAGGCCAAGAUCAAGGCCGAGUCCAUCCCCAUUGCCAAGGUCCUCAAGCUCUCCAAGCUCGCUUCUGAUUACCGCCCCUUUGAGGCCAAGCGGAAGCUCUGUGACUCCUAUGAUCUGUUUUUCACCGACAAGGCGGUCGUUCCGUUGCUCGCCCGCCUUCUCGGGAAGCAGUUUUUCAAGAAGCGUAAGGUGCCUGUGCCGCUGGAUUUGACUAAGAAGAACUGGAAGGAGCAGGUGGAGAAGGCGUGCUCGUCGGCGAUGAUGUUUUUGAGGACCGGGACGUGUAGUGUGGUGAGGGUUGCGAAGGUGAGCAUGGAGAAGGAUGAGAUUGUGGAGAAUGUGGUUGCGGCGGUUCGUGCUGCAGUUGAGCUUGUUCCGAAGAAGUGGGGGAAUGUGAGGUCGUUGCAUGUUAAGAUGUUGGAUUCUCUGUCUUUGCCGAUUUAUCUGGCUGUUCCUGAUGUGAGGUUGAAGAUUGAUGGAGGGAAAGCUGAGGCGGAAGCGAAGGAGAAGGAUAGUGUGAAGGAGAAGAAGAAGAGUGGUGAGGAUGGGGAUAGGGAAGUGGGGAAGAAGAAUAAGAAGGGGAGGAUUCAUCAAGUUAAGUACAUGGAUGUGGAUGCGGCGUCAGGGAGCAAGGAUGAGGAUGGUGACAAUGCUGUGACCGAAGAUGAUGCUGAAAGGAGUGAUGGAGGAGUGGAAAAAUUGGGGAGUAAGAAGAGGAAGAAAGGAAGCAAAGUGGGGAAAGAGUCUGCUAAGUUGACUAGUGUGAAAACAUUGGGGGAACCUGAAACUCCUAAGGAAGGGGUCAAGAGGAGGAAAAAUAAAGAUGGGUCGUCUACCAAAGUGACAAAGAAAGGUUUGAUCAAGAAGGGUGGAGAUAAAUUGCAUGCUAAAAAGGAGGGGUCCAGUGAGAAGAAGAAGAAGUUGAAAGGAGCUGAUGCGAAGGUUAAGGCGAAGAAAAUUAAGAAGGCGGCGGCAUGAGUUAACUGUUGAUUGCAGGGAAUUUUUGCUUUUAGAAUUUACUGCUUGAUGUAGCUCUGUGCAAUACUGUGAACUUUUGCUUUUUGAGUUCUCUGGCAGAUUUUGUUUUUGAGCAUUUUAUUAUGCCUUUGUUUUGGUGAUAAUUUAAUUUACUAUAUUUGAGCUUUAGAAUGGUUCUCUCACUCUACAGGUACAAUCAAAAUAUUGUUUCUCAUCUCAGAUUGAUCUGAAGUUAUUUAGAUAUUAUAUGCUUAUCAGAAAUGAUUCAAGAAA